CCCCUCUCGCCCCGCCGAGCUAUGCGCGGUAUGCGCGCGGCGGCGCGGGGCGCGCGGGGCCGCUCGGCCAUGGGGCAGCGCGCCCCCCCCCCCGCCGCCGCCGCCGAGCACGGGAGCCGACGGGACCCCGCGGGGCAGCGCCCGCUGAGAGCCGAGCGGGACGGCAGGCAUGGCUGAGCCGCUGCGCAGGACGCUCUCCAAGCUGCGGGGCAGGAGGUCCCAGCGAGGGGCGGCGGCGGCGGCGGGCGGCGGGCAUCGCCACGGAGCGGGGUCCGCCUCGCACGAUUUGAUAGAAAAUGUUUACAUCGCUUCGAGAAGCAGGAAGGAGCCCAGGUCCCCCCAGGCCAGCGACAUCCCUGAGCGCAGGCCGCAGAUGACCAGCAUCACCGUGUCGAAGAAACGCAGCUGGCUGCAGCAGAGCACGCACCGAUGUCCUCCUCGUCCUCCAGAAGAUGAAAACUCCUGUAAGGAAACGCAGGCGGCUGUUAUCCCGGUACCCAAAUCUCCCAUCCCGCUGCCUGAACCCGCUGUGCCGUGGGCUCCUUCCACAUCACCGGUGGAGUGGGAGCGCCCGCCGCGAAGCUGCGCUCCUGUAGGUGCCCUGCCAAGUCCUGCCACACCGAGGAGCGUUGCUUUGGACUUCGGUGAGGACAAUGAUGCAGAUGAUGAAGGAGAAAUAUGGUACAACCCGAUCCCUGAAGAUGACGAGCCCGACUUGCCUAGGGUCCGUCUUUGUGCUGUGAAUAGCCUUGGUGCUGCAGGCCCCGCAGCAGUUCGGUACAAACCCCCUCCUGGGGGUGACUCAACGAUGGUCACGAGUCCCCACAAGGGUCCUCCACGCUCCAUGGAUAGCGCAGGGGACGGUUGGACUGCUCAGCCCAGCGAAGGGAGUCAGGCCGAUGCCGUGCAUCCUGGGGAGCACGUGCAGCAGCACCGGCAGAGAUUUGCCUGCAAGGCUCCCGCUGUGCCAGCAGCAGAGGACAGUCCUGCCUUGAAGUGCCCUUCAACAGGGUCUGGAGUUGCACUUGCACACAAGGCUGAUGUCCCCUCAACAGAGGUUUCUCCUCCGAGUCCCAGCCCUCUGAAGAAAAGUGGAUCAAUCAAUUGGCCUUUCCCUGAUAGGAUCAAAUCUCCCAGGACUGUGAGGAAGCUUUCCAUGAAAAUGAAGAAGCUGCCAGAGCUGAGCAGGAAGCUGAGUGUCAAGGGAACUUCUAGCCAUACUAGUUCAGAUAACCCUCCUUCCCUGCUGAAAGGCAGCUGCCGGGAUACAAACCAUAUGGUUUCUUUGGCGUCCUCUGGAAGCUCAGCCACCACUGCUAGCAGGAAUGUGAUCAGUCGUUACCAUCUGGACAGCAGCGUGUCGUCGCAACACACCUACAAAAAGAAAAGCUCGAGGAGCUCCAAAUCCUUCAACAAAGGUGGUUACCUCAGUGACGGCGACUCUCCUGAACUUAUAACAAAAUCAGGUAAACUUGGGCAGGAAGGCAAGUGUGGGAAAGGAAAGGAGAGCCUGCCAAGUAACAGUGGUAAAACCGAAAUAGAUAUUGAUGCUUUCAGACACUAUAACUUCUCUGACCAACCCAAGUGCUCUCAGUACAUCUCUGGACUCAUGAGCAUUCACUUUUAUGGCGCUGAAGACUUAAAACCACCAAGGAUAGACUCAAAAGAUGUCUUUUGUGCAAUACAGGUUGACUCGGUAAACAAAGCAAGAACAGCCUUGCUUACGUGUAGGACAGCGUUCCUGGAUAUGGACCACACGUUCAACAUCGAGAUUGAAAAUGCUCAGCACUUAAAGCUGGUGGUGUUCAGCUGGGAGCCCACCCCACGGAAAAAUCGUGUGUGCUGUCACGGAACUGUGGCCCUUCCCACUCUCUUCCGAGUGACAAAAACACAUCAGCUGGCUGUCAAGCUGGAACCGAGGGGACUUAUUUAUGUCAAGCUGUCGCUCAUGGAGCAGUGGGAGAACUCUCUGGAUGGUCUCAAUGCAGAUCGCGAGCCUGUCGUGUUCGGCGUAGAGGCUCGGAAAGUUGUGGAGAAGGAAAAUGCUGGCUUGAUGGUGCCACUUUUGAUGCAGAAAUGCAUUCUGGAGAUCGAAAAGAGAGGCUGUCAGGUGGUGGGUCUGUACCGGUUAUGUGGCUCAGCGGCGGUUAAGAAGGAGCUUCGAGAGGCAUUUGAGAGGGAUAGCAAGGCUGUGACACUCUGUGAAAGCCAGUACCCAGACAUUAAUGUCAUAACAGGUGUCCUCAAGGACUAUCUGCGAGAGCUCCCCUCUCCUUUGAUAACCAAGCAGCUCUACGAAGCUGUUCUGGAUGCCAUGGUGAAGAAUCCCUUGAAAAUGACAGCAAAUGGUUGUGAGAAUGACCUGAGUGACUCUGAGCACACAGCAGCCCUUCUGGAUUGCCUGCCGGAUGUCGAGAAGGCUACCCUGAAGAUGCUCUUGGAUCACCUGAAGCUGGUGGCUUCUUACCACGAAGUGAAUAAGAUGACGUGCCAGAAUUUGGCCGUGUGCUUUGGGCCUGUGUUACUGAGCCAGAGGCAGGAGACCACCAACCACAACAACAGAGUCUUCACAGACUCAGAAGAGCUUGCAAGUGCCCUGGACUUCAAAAAACACAUAGAAGUCCUUCACUAUUUACUCCAGCUGUGGCCAGUACAUCCCUUGCCUGCCAAAGAACUGGCACAUCUGAAUGCAUCUCCUGAGCACCCAUCGUCCCUGAAUUACCUGAGACCCAAGCGGCAGAGACCUCAGAUGCUGAAUCUGAGCUGUACCGAGAUGUCUGGGGUGCUUAGACCAAAGCCAGCCGGUCUGGACAGCCCGUCGAGCAACCGCUACGCCGGAGACUGGAGCAGCUGUGGGGAAAACUACUUCUUGAACCCAAAAGACUCCCUGAGCGAAGCAGACUACGAUGACGUCCCUUUGGAAGAUACGGAGAGCGAGGAUGACAGCAGCAAAGCCGAGGAGUCGGAUGCCCCAGUGAGACACCCCCAGCCCGUCCCCAAGGAGCACACGUUUCGAAGCUAUUUGACCAUGCAAGCCAUAGACUCAGCGGUGGAUCACAGGGCAAACCUCAAGGACCUGCAGGAAAGCAUUGAUACUCUGAUAGGAAACCUGGAAAGGGAGCUCAACAAAAACAAGCUAAAUAUGAGUUAUUAAACCCUGUCCUGCAUGACACCUCCUCCUACUGCCUUUGUGCCCAUCACCGGGCUUCCCACAGCCAUGUGAGGUGUGACGAUGCCCUUAGAUGCCUGUGGUAAGGACACGGGCCACCUUGCGUUGACAAAUUAAGCCAUUCUUAUUCCAUUUCUGCCUUUUUUUUGUUAGAAGAAGGUGUUGGCCUGGUUCUGGUGGUGGAGACAAGCUUAGAAAGCCUGAGGUGGUUCCACAUAGUGGCGUUUCUCCCUACAAAUUCUCUGCACUUAGGCAGUCUGGGCAAUACCUGGCAGAAGAUAAAGCAACAUCACUGCUGUCAGCAGCAGCAGAAAUCCUCAUUCCUUAAAUCCUGGCUACGGUACAGAUGUUCCUCUUGGAAGACGAUGAACGCUGCUUGGCCUGACUUUUGCAGCACAGACUUCAGAUAGACUCAUUUUACUAUAUAUGCAAUGGCUGCUAUGAAAAAUGCUUUAUAUAUAUAUAUAAAAUAUUUAUAUAUAAAGUUUUAAUUGUACAAAUAUUAAUGUAUUCCUUUAUUAACACUUUUCAAUAAUUAUUUAAACAAGCAAAAAUUAAAUAUUUUUCUAACCUAGUUUGUAUAUAUCUGUGUAUAAAUGUGCAUGUGGCUGUAGCUGCCUUUGCAAAGGAGAAAGAUCUCAGAUUUACGAAACGUCCCUCUUCGUGGGAAGAUGUGUCCAGUGAGGCCGCGAUGGAGCUACCCCAUGGGUAACGUGGCACUGGAUUUAUGCAUGGAAACGUGGCCGGAGAGAAGGCAGGGUGAAUGAUUAAUGUGAAUGACCUUGUGUUGCAGGGCAUCGGUUCGCAGGUGCUGUUAUUUCUCUGUCUCACCCCCACCGUUCUUUCUCUCCUUUUUUUUCGUCUCUUUGGUUUUUUUCCUCCACGUUUUUUCAUAUAUAAAGAAGGUCUGGAAGGUAUUUACUUUUCAAAAACUUGUUUUCUUCUUGUAACCUGUUAAGUCACUCUUGAUAUUUCAAUACUCUGUUUCUCCCUCCAGAGCUGGAGGUACCUUUGGGUGGCCUCUGGGAGGUGGAUAUGUCUGAGCCCUCUCUGGAGACGCAAGACUCAAAGUUCUGCUCAAAGGCAGUUAGAUUUUUCCCCGAGUCUUUUAAAUUCAUCUCCCCAAAUGGAAACCGGAGUUGUUCCACGAGGCUGAAGGGGUUGAGUGAUGUCACUCUUGGGGAGUUUGGGUAGGAUUGCAGCUCAUCUGACCUUACGAGAUGCAGCUGUCACCACUUUCUCUAAUCAUCUUUUAUCUUUAGUCGUUUAUGGUGAGGAAUUAACAUUUCAUGUUAAGGAAACACGUUCUUGGUUUAAUUGAAAAUAGUUACCACACUGCAUACAGAUCAUGGAAUGAUUUGGGUGGGAAGGGACCUCAAAGCCCAUCCAGUCCCACCCCCUGCCAUGGGCAGGGACACCUCCCACCGGAUCAGGGGCUCCAAGCCCCAUCCAACCUGGCCUGGAACCCCUCCAGGGAUGGGGCAGCCACCACUGCUCUGGGCACCCUGGGCCAGGGCCUCCCCACCCUCACAGCAAAACAUUUCUUCCUAAAGGAGACACGGUCACUCCUUGUCCUUCCCAGGUCUCCCCCGGUGAGGAAGGGGGGGAUUCGGGCAGGAGAGGGUGAUAUGUUUUGAGAGGUCAAACACAGACUCACUGUUGGUCAGCAGGGUAGGACUUCAUUGUCUUCAUCUUUUGGCAUGAUGGUGGCAUCUCACCAUGGUUUCCGUUCACCCCAUGGGUAAGUGCUGCUCUGCCAACUUGUACGUCCUCGUAUUGCUUAAUUGAAGAGUUAUUUAUUUACAGUAGUGAGGAAUAAAGAAUCGCUCUGGCCAACUUCGCCCCUGUUCUCUAAGGAAUUCUCUUAGCAUGAUUCCAAAUGGUUUAUUCAAUCCCAUUAAUUUAUUUUUUAAGUGUUAAAAGAUGCAAAACGAUUAUUGCGAUAUAAUGAUAAUGUAUGAAAAUGUAAAUUUAACCCGAGGCAUUUAUCAAUAAAUCAAUGUAUUUUUUUAAACUUUUAUACCUACAGAAUGUGCAUCCUUUUUAAACUAUAAAU